AAUCUGUAAGUUUUUGUAAGACUGCUCCUUUAAGGGUGUAUGAGUAAUUUGGUAGUUUAAGGAAAUAGGAAGUCAGUCCAGAAACAUUUAGCACAAAGACAGUAAACAAAAGGCGCUUGUGAAUGAUGGCAGGAAUAAAAGCUCUUGUUGCGUUAUCCUUCAGUGGUGCACUUGGACUGACUUUUCUCCUUUUGGGAUGUGCACUGGAACAUUUUGGAGUGUACUGGCCAAUGUUUGUCCUGUUCUUCUACAUCCUGUCACCUAUCCCAAAUUUAAUAGCCAGACGGCAUGCAGACGACACUGAGUCAAGCAAUGCAUGCAGGGAGCUUGCAUAUUUUUUAACCUCUGGAAUUGUGGUGUCAGCAUAUGGGCUACCCAUCGUGCUUGCACGAAAAUCUGUGAUCCAGUGGGGUGCUUGUGGCCUGGUAAUGGCAGGCAAUUCUGUCAUUUUUCUGACCAUUCUGGGGUUUUUCCUGAUAUUCGGAGGUGGAGAUGACUUUAGCUGGGAGCAGUGGUAAAACCUAUCCGGAAGAAGACCAUAACUACAUUAUAUACUAUAAAACUUUAAAUAGCUUGCCAUGGCGAUGCUGAUUAACCCAGGCCUUGACAGAGACUGUGUCCAUUGCUUUGUUUUCCUCUCGGUUAUGGCUGCUUUGGUGCUCUGCUUCUGCCUUUUCAUUUGCAUUACAUAUGCAUGGCCCUGUGUUUACAAUAAUUUGCUUAAAAAUGGUAAUUAUAAAAGUUGCAUUUAUAGGAAUAUUGCAUUUAAACUUGUUUGAACAGCAAAAAGGGAAAAACUCACAAAACCUGUCUAGUAAAUUUUGGUUCAUAUUUACUCAAAUCAAAAGCAAAAAAAAAAAAAAAAAAAAAAAAAGCAAUUAUGAUUUGCGUAAAUAAUUUAGAUUUUUUUUGUAUUAAGUUUAAAAUUUAGAUUUCUCUUCAAUAGAUGUGUUUUUUUUUUUCAACACAAUGCAAAAAAGAUUUAUUAUUUGAUAUAUUAAAAACUUUUUUUUUUUUUUAAGUAUUACACAAGAGGUUGUCAAUAAUUAAAAAAAAAAAUCCUAAAACUAGGCUUUUUCUUUUAAACAUGCACAUACAGAACACUGUUUUUUGAGAUUCAUGCUCAAAUAAUUAAUUUUAGUAGGAGCUAGAAAUCUUUUAUGCAAGCCAAUUAAACCAUCAUUACGAUUUAGAAAGUAAUAAUACAGAAAGUUAAGCAUUGAAUGAACAUUUUCUCUUUCCUUUUUUAGCAGUUUGAAUUGUUAGUGCUUAAUUAUCCCAAUUAAAUUAUGAACGAUCAUCAUUUGCACUUGAAUUAUAUGAAUUAAAAAACAAUGCCACCUAAGAGCAAUGCUUUGUGUCUGCAAACACCACGGCAGGCUAUGAAGUGUUUUAGUCUUUGUUUUUGCAAUGCCAUAUUACCAAAGCAAACAUCUUCUUGCUGUUCUGUUCCUUCAUUCCUUGUUAUAUCGGUUCCAUGUGGGUCUGCAGAAACAGGAUGAAAAGUUUUAAAUGCAUGCAGAAUACAAUCAUAAACAGCCUCUCAGUGAAUAUAGAAUGCUUAUUAUAGUUACUUUUUUAUUGGAACAGCAUAUGAUUCAUGAAAUUCCAGAAACUGACAUAUAAUUGCACAUCAUAGCUUAUGAAACACUAUGAUUAUGUAAUUUAAUAUAUUGUAGGCUGUAUAGCAAGAGUGUCUGAGAUCCAGUUUCACCUGAAAGACAGAGUGUUCAAGUUUAAUGAUUGACAGUUUCGGACUACUUCUGUUGUUAUUAAUAGUUUAUAAAAGGUUAUCAUUUUAUCCACUGUUUAAAAUCUUCCUGUUUUGUUUCUUCAUAGGUUAAACUGACUUUACAUAGAAUCACAUAGAAUCACGUGUAUAAGGGAUGUUUUUGAUAUGCCUUUGUGAUCUUGUUUUGAUUAUAUGAAUAAAAAACACUUGAAUUUUU